AUGUCCUCGUCAAGUGACCUAACGAAUAAGGACAGUUCGUUCUUGCAGGAGAACUCCAACUAUGGUGAACCUAAUAAACUAGAUAGACUCGAACUGAAGAGCGUAAAUCUGUGGGCAUCAUCGUUAAACUCGAGUCGAGAAGGGUCUCCUCUCAGGGAGCCACUAGCAUACGACAAUGAUGUACAUGAUUCGAAUUCAAGAAUCAGGAGAAGGUCUAGUAUAGGAAAUAAAUCGGAUAGAGGAAGAUCGCAUUCACUUGUUACUCUAGGGGCUGAUUAUUUACAAUCUGGGGGAAGCCAACAUAGCUUGAGUAGGUAUUCUACUAGUUACUCCGUUAAGGAUAUUUAUGGUGACAUGCCUGAGGAGGAUAUAAUGAUCCAAAGGACUGCGACAAAGUCCACUAUUUUAAAUUCUCUCUCAAAAAGAGUUGAGAACGCUAAUGUUGAAGCGGAAAGAGGUGAAAAUUUGGACAAAGAAAGCAAAGUGGAAGAGCAUGUUUCAGAAGAAGAUAGAUUAUAUCAGGAAGUUCCAGAUAUUCCUGUGCCCACCACAAAGUUUGGGGGUGAGUUCAGCAGUAUUGAUCCUGAGCUAGUUACGUGGGAUGGUACAGAUGAUCCUGAAUACCCAAGAAAUUGGUCUGUUGGAUCAAAGAUUUUGCAAACAGCUAUAGUGUCUAUUUACACUUUGGUUCCUCCAAUGUCAUCAUCAGUUUGUUCACCGGCGAUGCCUUAUAUCGCUGAAAGCCUUGGAAUGAGCUCCCAAUUCAUUCAAUCAUUUUCUGUUUCAAUUAUGGUUUUAGCAUGGGCUUUGGGCCCAAUUAUCAUCGCCCCUUUGUCUGAAUCUGACAAAAUUGGUAGGCGAUGGGUCCUAAACAUCUCUGUUUGGAUCAGUUUUAUUUUUAAUCUCGCAUGUGCCUAUGCAAAAACAACAACACAAUUAUGUGUUUUUAGAUUCUUAGGAGGUCUUGGGGGAGCAGCUCCGUUAAAUGUUGGGGCCGGUACCAUUGCCGAUUUGUGGGACGAUAGAGGGAGACAAUUCGCAAUGGCUGCAUAUUCCGUAAGUCCUACAUUAGGACCUGUAAUUUCGCCAAUUAUGUCGGGCUUCGUUGUUCAAAACACACAUUGGAAAUGGGUGUUUCUUGUUUUGGCGAUAUUAAAUGGUAUUGUCGCUGCUGUUGGCACAUUAUUAUUCAAAGAGACAUACUCACCGAAAUUACUAAGCCUUAAGGCUAAGAAGUUGAGAAAAGAGACAGGUAAUAGUCAUUUACAUACAAUUUUCGAAAUUGCUAACGGUGAAACUACAUCUGAAAAAGUAAUGAGCACCGUUGCAAGGCCUUUACAGCUACUCUUUUCUCAUCCAAUGUGUUUUGGUUUAGGAUCGUUCAUGGCCUUUAUUUACGGUUUCAUGUAUUUGAUGGUCGUUACAUUCCCAAGUGUAUUUGAACGCAAUUAUGGAUUCUCGGUUGGUAUUUCUGGUUUAAUGUUCUUGCCAAUGGGAAUUGGUUAUAUUAUUGGUAUUGCAUUCUGGACAUGGCUUAUUGACUAUUUUUAUAUCAAAUUAACGGAAAAGAAUAAUGGGGUGAGUAAACCAGAAUACCGGUUACCAUGCUUGUGCUUCGCAGGGAUUGGUAUACCAAUUGGUCUUGUGUGGUAUGGCUGGUCAGCCGAGAAAAAAAUACAUUGGAUAAUGCCGGCAAUUGGAAGUGCCAUAUUUGCAUUCUCGUACAUUCCUGUGUUCCAGACGAUCCAGAAUUAUUUGAUUGAUAUGAACACCCGUCUUUCAGCGUCGUCUAUUGCGUCUUGUUCGAUUUAUAGGUCGGUCUUUGGGUUCGCCUUGCCACUUGCUGCUAACCCAAUGUACGAAAAACUAAACUAUGGCUGGGGUAAUACUAUGUGUGCGUUCAUUGCAUUUGCCUUGGGAAUACCUUUCCCAAUAUUCUGUCUUAUGUACGGUGAAAGGCUCAGGGACUGGGCCAAUAGAAGACUCGAUAAGAAGCAAGCAGCUAGGGAUGCUAGAAACUUGAAGAGAUUGCAACAGCAAAACGACAAGGAAUUUGCUAAAAUGGAUAGGUCUCAACCUAUAACUGACUCGUCAUUCCUGAAGAUGGACUAG